UAUAUAUAGCGGACCAAUACCCUCCAGUCUCUUCGUUCUGCCUUCUAAUUGCAUAAAUAAGAGAGAAAGUAGUCAGGUAAGAAAAUUAAAGAUGGAAGUGAUGCGAGUGCUUCACAUGAACAAAGGGAAUGGCGAGACUAGUUAUGCAAAGAACUCGACGGUUCAGAGCAAAAUCAUAUCUGUCGGGAAGCCAAUCAUUGAGGAAGCAAUACUAGAAAUCUCAUGCAACAAUGUCAUAGAAAGCAUGGGGAUUGCAGACUUGGGUUGCUCAUCGGGACCAAACACCUUAGCCGUGAUCUCUGAUAUCAUGGACAUGGUACAAGCAACAAGUCGUCAUCUUGGUCGUCCAGUACCGGAGUUGAGAGUGUUCUUGAAUGAUCUUUAUAGCAAUGAUUUCAAUGACAUAUUCAUGUCAUUACCGGCAUUCUACAACAGACUCAAAGAAGAGAAGGGUAUUGAAGCUGGAUCCUGCUUCAUAGCUGGCAUGCCAGGCUCUUUCUAUGGCAGACUGUUCCCUAGCAACAGCCUGCACUUCGUGCACGCUUCUUCCAGUCUUCACUGGCUCUCUCAGGUUCCAGCAGGCAUGGAGAGCGAUGCUCUCAGACAUUUAAAUAAGGGAAAGCUCUAUAUUUCAAAGAGCAGCCCGAAGAGCGUGUUGGAUGCGUAUUCAUUGCAAUUCCAGAAGGAUUUUUUACUGUUCAUAAAGUCGCGUUCCCAGGAAUUGGUUUCCGGUGGCCGCAUGAUCCUUUCUUUCAUGGGAAGGAGAUCCGCUGAUCCCACAACUGAAGAUAGCUGCUACCAUUGGGAGUUGUUAGCCCAAGCAAUUAUGAGCCUGGUUAGAGAGGGUCGAAUUGAAGAGGAAAAGGUCGAUUCUUUCAAUGCCCCUUACUAUGCUCCGUGUGCUGAGGAAAUUAAGGUGGAGAUACAAAAGGAAGGAUCUUUCAUAAUUGAUCGCCUUGAAGCUUUUGAAAUUGACUGGGAUGGAGGUGCCGUUAGUGACAUCCAUACAGCAGAAGGGAAACUAUUGACAGGACAACGAGUGGCAAAAACCAUCAGAGCCGUGGCGGAAUCGAUGCUGGAAUCUCACUUUGGAAUUGGACAAGAUGUAAUGGAUGAUUUAUUCAGCAGGUUCGCGGUCAUUGUUGGGAAUCACUUGUCAAAGACUAGAACCAAGUACAUCGAUUUGGUGAUGUCCCUGAUUAAAAAGGGGUAAUCAAAUCAAAUCAAAUUAGAACCACAGCUUAAGAACAGUCUGCAAUUUUAUAGUUAGUUUCCUACUUUUGUUUCGCUGGAUUCUACAAAAACCAAAGAAAUUAGAUGCAAAUACAGCUUCGGCUAUUGGAAGCCUUUUGUUUUCUAGGAUAAUUAAUGGGAAUUAAUAUA